UAAAUUUCGACUGUCUUGUAUUCAUUUCAUUUCACGUACAUUUGCAUUUUAUAGCGUUGUUGAUAUUAAUCAAUAGCAGGUGUUUCUUCUUUCAAAAAAAAAAAAAAAAAAAGCAGGUGUUUGUUUCUCUCUGUCAUCUGUCACUCACUCUCCCGCCCGAUCCAGCCUUCUCCAGUUAACCAUCAAUCGUUGUUAUGAACACCUUCAGUAACUUGCGUGGUCCAAAACCCUCAACAUAUGGCGUUUUCAUCAGCUGCGGUGAUGACACACGCUUCAGUUUCACCGGCUUCCUCUCUCAUUCUCUCAAUAAUCGUGGCUUUUACACAGCUAUUAAUCAUCGGGAUUCAAUUCAACACUGCAGGAUUUUCAUUUUCAUCAUUUCUCGUGAUUACGCGUCUCGGUUAGAUGAACUUGUCAACAUCAUGGAUUUGUUUGCAAAGGGGAACGGUCGACAACAACGGAUUUUGCCGGUUUACUAUCAUGUCAAUCCCUCCGAUGUUCGUCAUCAGAGUGGUAGUUUUGGAGAAGCCUUGUCUUCUUUUUAUAACAAUCUUCUCGUAUCUGAUUUUGAGGUGGAAAAACGGAACACGGUUCUUCGUCAAGUUGCUGAUUUUCGGGGCUGGCAUCUCGAUCCAGCCAGGGGUAUAUAUGAACACCAGUACAUUGAGGAGAUUCUUCAAGAGGUCUCUAAACACCUGGCUUGCUCAAUUGGCCUUGAUCAUCGAGUAGAGAAAGUUAUGCGUUGUUUGAAUUACAGAUCCAAUGAUGAUGGAGUCUGCAUGGUUGGGAUAUGUGGAAAUCCUGGAUUUGGGAAAACAACACUAGCUCGUGGAGUUUAUCACUUUUGUGGCGGCAUUGACUUUGAUUGUUGUUUCUUUUUUGAUAAUGUGGGAGAGCAUUUAAUGAAACAUGGAUUAGUUCAUCUCCAACAGAUGCUUCUCUCUGAAAUAGUUGGACACCACGCUGGUACUAUGUUUGAAAGUUUGGAUAUAGGGAUCCCAUCAACAAUAAAACACAUUCUCUACCAAAUGAAGGUUUUCUUGAUUAUUGAAGAUGUUCAUGAUUCGGAGGUCUUGCGAGCCAUUGUUGAACUUACUACUUUCUUUGGUUCUGGUAGCAAGGUCAUCAUUACUACUCAGGAAAAACAUCUGCUAGAACAUCAUGGGAUUGAAAUAAUAUACGAGGUAGAAAAGUUGGAUAAGAAAGAGGCUUUUCAGUUGCUUAGUUUGAAGGCUUUCAAAUCUAUGAAUUUUAAAUCCAAUUAUUUGAGCAUUUUAGAACGAGCAGAAACUUAUGCUUCUGGCCAUCCAUUCCUUUUGGAGGUUAUAGGUUCCAACUUGGGUGGAAAAGAUGUAGAAGAGUGUGAAUUUGUACUAGACCAAUACGAAAUGAUUCCAAAUCACGAAAUCCAAAAGAUACUUCAAGUUAACUUUGAUGCCUUGGGGAAACAUUGCCAGAGGAUGUUGAUUAACAUUGCAAAUCAGCCCAAAGAACAGGAAUUGUCAUUGGUUGAAGACACACUUUAUAAAAUGUAUGGCGCCUGCCCAAAACAAGAUAUCAGAGUCUUAUUUGAUAAAGCUUUUAUAAAGAGUAAUGAGCUCGGUCAAGUGAAAUUACAUGGUUUGACACUUGACAUGGUUAGAGAAAAUUCCCCCAUCGAAUAUCCCUGCAAACAUAGUAGGUUGCAGAAGGACAUUCUAGAAGAAAACAUGGAAUAUCCCUGCAAACGCAGUAGGUCGUCUAAGGAUACUUUGGAAGAAACUGUGGAAUACCACAAGCAAGAAAUCCUACCCUCCUCUAAUGAUGGAAGCAUGAUGAGGGAUCCGAUGGAGGUGGAAUAUCAACCGUGUUCUUCCUCCUCUUCUCAAAGAUCCAUUCUUCAUAUUUCUGAGGUGUAAUCUAACACAACUGGGAGAAACAACGGCAAAAUUCUGUCACUAGUUAACCAGAUUCAGGUUCUGUAUUCCUCUAAAAUUGGAAUUUCCAAAUUAUUAAUUUCUAUUGCUUUCUCUCAGGUACUAAUUAAAUGCAAUUUGUCAAGGGACACAGGAAAAUGAGUAAAGUUUUCUCUUUAAUUAGACCGUGACAAUCAAGUUCAGGGGCAAGUGUUUGAAAUACUGAAAUUGAAAAUUUGAUGCUUCAUAUCUAUAAAAUCUUUUAGGUUCUAAUGCUCAGCUUCUGAAUCUACCUUUCAAGUGUUUUCUUUGGAUCUCAUGCAUUUUUCUGUUCUUAUUUUGAUUUGUUACUGUGCUUUAUGUUCUAUUGAGCUCAUCUAGUCUACCAUUCUAGAAUUGUUUCCUUCUUAGUUAGUCUACCAUUGUUACUUGUAACAAUAUACUUUGUUUCCCUUUUAAACCAAGAGGAACUAUACAAUCAAACAUUUGUCAUUGGGAAUUUUUUUACAGGUUUGAUUAUAUUGAACCAGUUAGGCUGAGCUUGUCAUGAUGUAUUAAAAGGCUAAUAGGCCAAUAAAAUUUUAUAAAGCCUGCACAUCUUUUUUUUUUCUUCCACUUUCCACAACAUACUCAGUGAUAAAUUACAUGAUGUAUUAAAUUUCUCUCCAUUUAUAAUUAUUUCUCUACCGAAAGCUCUGAAUAUUUAUAUUACUUGCAGGCUUGCUGGAGUAGGAGAUAACAUGAAGGUAGUAUUUGAAAGAUGCUACUGAAGUAAGAUAUAUUGAUAUAAAUUUAUUUCUUCCACUCCUAUCUUCACCAUUAAUCACGUAUUUGGUUAGGUUUGUGAUAGGUACGAGAAUAAUCACACACACAAGAGGAAACUGGACUGAAAUGUUACUAGUCCUUGAGGAUUUUUUAUAACUCCUCGUCAUAAUAUGUAUUUUAGUGUUUUAAAGAGUCUUUUGUUAUUUUAUUUUAGGAUUUAGUUUAGGAUUUUUAGAAGAAUCUAGUUGAGUUACUGGUAGUUUGGGAAUGUAUGUAAUGUAUUGAGAUAAAAUAAGUCAAUAAAAUUGUAUCUACAAAAUAAAUUAAUAAAACACAGUUGUAAAAUUUAUAGA